AUGCGGCUUCGUGAAGAGGUCAUCUUCCUCACCCUGUUCAACAUCAGCAGUAAGUCCCGGCUCUCAUUAGAUAACUUUGCAAGCAUCGCAGCCCUUUGUCUGACGGGUGCAACCGAAUUUCAGAACAAGAUGACCUUUGCCCUCUGGCAAAAAGUCGGCGCAGACUGCUGCGGGCUUAAGGAACAAGAGAUUGCAAUGAUCUAUAAUUUGUUCGAGGCGACGCUUGCUUGCGGGAUUCGAGGUGUUAUUCGCAGUCUUCCCACAGUUCACAGAUUCAUUGUAUUUCUCUUUUCCGUGAUAUUUAGACACUCCAUGCUCUCAAAGAAGUCUGCCAUGGCCACGGAUGAUGCGUGGCCAUUGAGCAUGAACGGGGAAGAUCUGGACUCGCUGAUAAAAAGCUACUUUUCACUCAAUGUCAACAUCCUCAUUGCUGCGCUCUGCCUUACCCCUGAAGCUGUACAAGCAGGAUCUAUCAAUGGAGCUGAUAUUGCGCUGACGAAGGAUGCUAUCGAAGGCCUGGAUAUAUUGCUUCAGGCAGAGACAAGUCAGCAGGAAGAUUUCGUUGACUCAUUCUGUGCAUUUUUCGAGAUUUCUAUUGGUGAUCCAGUUCUUACUGUAGCAAGCUCUAUUUCUCGCUUCUUUAACAUCACGACGUACGACUGUGCAAAUAUUGUAUUUUCAUCAGCUCCCGAUCCUAUUCGCUCCUAUCAGCCUCAGCUGUCGUCUUCUUCGUCUAACGUCUUAAGUACCUCGGGAACCUUGUCGACGCCGACACUGGAAGCCAAGGCGCAGCUAAGUGCCCCUGCUAGCCCAGCACUGGCGUCAGGAUGCCCGCAGGCUCGUCCAGGUACGUCUGCAUCGGGGAUCCCCACAUAUGAGUAUGAUGAUCGCUAUAACCACAUUCGCAUCAGAAGCCUUUCCAAGGCAGGGAUAGGGGUCUUCGCUGCCGCUACCCAUAGACCCCCCACAGCUGUCAUUGCCAACUGCGCCAACUGCACCAUAUUUCUGAUUGCUCCCUGCUCACACGUCGUCAUUGCCAACUGCAGAAACGUAAAGAUCGUCCUGGGGACCGUGGCGGGGACCGUCUCCAUGUGCUACUGCAUGCGUAUGACCUUCUCUGCCGUAGCGGACUUCUUCAAGGCAAAUACCAUUGAGAACUGUCUGAUGUAUGUCACCAGUCGGAACUCCUGUGUGCAUGACAGCAACACAAAGACGAAUAAGAUUGCCCCCUACAAUUACAUAUUCCCCUCACUGGAGGAUUGCCUGCAGCAGCAAGGACUAGCGGACAUCUGCCAGCAGGGCGAGAGCUUUGGGAUGAAGCUCUACAGCCCACUGGGGCUGGGAGUGUGUGAGAAUCUGAUAUUCAUGGAUCCAAAGACGUACUGCACCGCGGUGGUCCCGUUCGACUCGAAGCUUCUGACGGGAAAGACCAAAGCGCUGCCGAUCAUUCUGCCCUCGGUCUUCCGGCAGACCAUGAAGGAGAGGUCUGAAAAGCUGACCGUGCUUGGUAGGAAGAUACGGGAUCCCUCGUUGACAGCCGAGCAGAAGGCGGCGUUUGAGGCGUACUGCAAGAGCGCCUUCGUCUCGUGGGUUAAGGCCAACAUGCUCACAACCGAGCUCUUAGAGAUCACCACGGCGCGGAUGUACGAGCUCGAGUAA